AUUUAAAUAUGGAUGCACUUAUUUUUGGCAUUUUAUAUUUCAUUCGCCUCAUUUCAUGUGUGGAUUAAAUAAAUGGUAGCAUAAAAAAAUUCGUUCUAUAAUUAAAGAAAUUUGUAAGAAUUUAUAUUCAAAAAAGAGAAACAUUUUUGUGAAAAAGUUACAGUUACCAAGCGUUUAAAGGAGCCCCAAGGAGCCCGAAACCAAAACGGAAAGAGCAAAAAUUAAUUUUGACGUUUAAUAAUAGUGCGCACGCGUUGCUGUGCAUAAUUCACUAAAAAAGAAAAACUUUAAAAAAAAGUGAAAAAUUACAAAAGAAAGUAGUGUUAAUAUAUUUAAUUUUCAUUUCUUUAUUUUCUUUAACUUUUUUUUUUAAUUUUCAAUUAAAAAAACAAUCAUUUAAAAAAUUAAUAUAAAGUUGGUUCCAGAUUUCUUUCAUAUCGGGAAGAAAUCAAAUUUAUUUUUUUUAUUUUUUAUUUUGAGUGCUCGAAUUUACCCCAGAGGGGAUUUUUUAUAUGACUUUUGAAAGAUUGCUUGAAACACCAGUACUCAAAGGAGCACCUCCAUCUCCACAUCAACGAAAGAGUUUAGUUAGGUCGUGCAUGAAUUCACAUAGGCGAUAUUUAAGUCAUAGGACUUCAAAAUUUUCCAGUAAUAGACAUCGGAAAUUGCAACCUUUUAGAGAAACGUGAGGUUUUUUUUAAAGGAUAUAAAUUACCUAAUUAUAAAUUCUAUAUAUAGGAAUAUAUAUAUGAACAUAUGUGUAUACAUGCAUAUAAUUUAAAAAAAGAAUUAACCUUCACAGUCUAUUAAAUUAAGUAAUUAUAGUAAAAAAAUUAAUUAAAAAUAAAAAAGUAUAAUUUUAAAUAUAUAAGUAAAAGUGAAAGUCAUAGUGAAUUCAAAACGAAAAUUACACAAGAAAAGGCUAAGAUAUAGGAACUCUGUUUAAACUACAAUAUAUAUUAAUAGUAUUAUCUUCAUUAUAUUAGUAAUAUAUUAUUGAAGUAUAUAUAUUAUUUCAAAUAUAUAAUAUAUGUAUAUAUGUUCCUACAAGCAUAAACGUAUAUAUAGCUUAUAUAUACAUAUAUAUAUAUAUAUGAUUGAAAGAAAAGCAAAAAUUUAAAUAUUAUAUUGAAAAUUAAAUUUUGAAGAAAAACAAAUUCUACUACGUACAUAAGAGAGGGUAUUUCUUAUUUUAAGUUACACAUUCAUAAUUAAUUAAAAUUUUCACUCUAUUAGACACUGUUUUGUAUUAUAAAAGCAAAGUUCAAUUCUUAGAAUUUUCUUAUAUUUUUUUCUUUAAAUAUUUUUUGAUUGCAUAUUGCUUAAAUAUAAAAUACUAUAUAAAAUACUAAUUGGAAACAAAAGAAACGAAAGAAUAUUUUAGAGAUUAAAAGAGGAUUAUUUAAAUAAAUUUUAGUUUUUAUAGUAUAAAAAAGAUACAUAUAUAGGGAGCCGUUUAAAAAAAAAAGAAAGAAUAUUUACAAAAAAAAUAUUUCAGUAUAACAAUUUGCAUUAUUACUUUGAGUCUAACAAUUCGAUUUUCAUUUUAUUUUUUGGAAACAAUUUUUUGAAAAUAAAAAAUCAAAUAACUUGGAAGUUUAUUAAUCAUUGUAAAUUUUUAAAAUUUAAAAAAUUAGUAUAAAAAUAAUUAAUUUCAAAAGGGAAGAAAAUCUAAAACCACUUCCAAGAAAGGUUUACUUUCAAUAGUCAAAUUAAAAACUUUUUUUUUUAUUUUUGAUCAUUUAUUGUUUGAUAUUGAUCAUUUAUUCUUAAGAUUCAAAAAAUUGAAACACUUAAAAAAAUUUAAAACCGUAAGAAAAUAAUACAUUUAUUUUUUAAUUUUAAAAAUUUUUCGAAUAAAAUAAGAAAUUUUUGAUUAAAUAAUAAUAAAAUUAAACUUCAUGAAUUUAUCAAUAAAAGAAAAAAAAUUUAUAAAAUUAAAACUGAACUCAACAAAAAUUACUACUAUUAAUAGUGGUAAUCCAUUAUUACAACUAUAUAUAAAACUGCAGCAAUAUCAACCACAACAUCAAAAUAUAAAUGAUCAAUUUCUUAACAAAAAGAUAUUACGAAAUCUUUUAUCAAAAACAAUAGUAAUUAAAGAACCAUCAUCAACAUUAAAAACAAUAGAAGCAUUAUCACCAUAUUGUGGGAGAGCAACAACUAGAGUCAAUUAUUCAAAUUUAAUUAAUUUGUACAAUAAUUUAAAUAAUAUUGCUAAAACAAACACAUCGUAAAUGUAAAGGGUGGUUAAAAUUCAUUUUUUAAAAAUAUUGAAAAAUUGCUUAUGAUUUCAUAAGGAGCCACCAAUAUAUUAAAAAUAUAAACUGAAGUUUUUAUAAAAAAAAAAAUAAAACGGUGCUGUAAAAUUAUAGCAAUAAUAAAAAAGGCAUUAUUGAGGAAACAGCUCAAUAGCAACAACAGAGGAAUUACAAAAUUUAAUUAAUUUUGAAGACAACAUUUUUCAUGGUUAUUUAAUUCGAAAAAACGUUGUUGUAUACUUAAAAUUGGAUUUCGAAAAAAUUGACUAUAAAUUGUACAUCUACACAUUAAAUGUACUCAUUAUAUACGUCAGUUUGUAUAUCACACAUAUGCAUAUACAAAUAAAUAUACAUCGUGCACUUUGAUUGGAAUCGCUUCAUAUCCUUCACCAUUCAUCAAUUUUUUCCUUAAAUUAUUGAUGUUCUCGAGUUUUAUAUAUUUAAAAACAAGCUUUAAAAAGUUUUUGUUUUAUAUAUUAUUUUCAAACCAUAUAAAAUAUAACUUCUAAGCCUACAUUAAUAUCUAAAUAUCAAAAUUUACAUAUAUACAAAAGCCGCAAAAAUAUAUUCAAAAAACUAAACAAAAGUAAAACAAGCAAACAUAUAUCUAUCAUCAUUAUAUUGCUCGCUGUAAAAUUUAGAAACUUAGAAAGAUAUAUUAUUACACAAAAGUUAAUAUAAUAAAAAAAUUAAAAUGGGUACCGUAAAUGUCAAUCGUAAUGUGACCGACGUAUUUUAUCGUUAUAAAAUGCCACGUAUAAUGGCAAAAGUUGAAGGCAAAGGCAAUGGCAUUAAAACAGUUAUCGUUAAUAUGGCCGAAGUUGCCAAAGCAAUUGGACGUCCAGCUACAUACCCAACAAAAUAUUUUGGUUGUGAAUUGGGUGCGCAAACUCAAUUCGAUCAUAAGAAUGAACGUUUUAUUGUUAAUGGAUCUCACGAUGCAUCAAAGUUACAAGACCUUCUUGAUGGUUUUAUACGGAAAUUUGUUUUAUGUCCAGAGUGUGAUAAUCCUGAAACUGAGUUACUUGUAUCAUCAAAAAAAGGUACUAUAUCGCAAGGAUGUAAAGCAUGCGGUUUUCAUGGACCACUUGAAGUGAAUCAUAAAGUAAAUACAUUCAUAUUAAAAAAUCCACCAAAUAUGAAUCCAGCAACACAAGGAUCAUCAUUAACUGAAGGUAAACGUAGUAAACGUUCUAAAAAAGGUGGUGAAGAAAACGGCGGAACUGAAUCCGCUAAUAACUCUAAUGUACAAGCUAAUGAUGAUGAUGAAGCAAAUCAAGCAAGUCAAACUGAGGCGUUAAUUGGUGCAGCAAUACCAAAAAAGGACGUUGAAGAUGAUGACGAUGAAAAUUGGACAACUGAUGUGUCAGAAGCAGCGGUGCGUAAGCGUCUUGAAGAUUUAACUGAUGGAGCAAAAGGAAUGACAAUAUCAGAUGAUGUUGAAAAAUCAGAAAAAGAACGUGUUGACAUGUUUUAUGAGUUGGUUAAAAAGAAGCGUGACGCUGGUCAAUUGGAAAAUUUACAAACACACAAAGAACUGGCCGUUGAAGCUGAACGUUUAGAUAUAACACAUAAAGCCCCGUUAGUAUUAGCUGAGCUACUAUUCUCACCAAAUAUUAUACAAGAGGUACGGAAACAUCGUAAUUUAUUAUUACGUUUCACUCAUAAUAAUUUAAAAGCUCAACGUUAUUUAAUCGGUGGUAUUGAACAAAUUAUUGCAUUGCACUCAGCUAAAUUAAUGGAUAAAGUUGCUGGAAUCUUAAAAUUAUUUUAUGACAAUGAUAUACUUGAAGAAAAAGCAAUAUUAGAAUGGGGGCAAAAGGUUAGCAAAAAAUAUGUAAGUAAAGAAGUUGCAACUGAAAUUCAUGAGAAAGCGAAACCAUUUUUGCAAUGGUUACAAGAAGCUGAAGAGGAGGAAUCUGAUGAAGAUGAUGAAGAUGAUUCUGAAGUUGAAAUUGAAUAUGACGACAGAGCAAGGAUUGAUCUGCUCAAAAAAAGUGAUGUCACACCAAAAGUUGCUCCUAAAAAAGUUAUUGAUGAAGAUGAAGAUGGAGAUGAAAUUGAUAUCGAUGACAUAUAAAGAAGAAAUAUAGAUGUAUAAACAUCAAAAAAGCUGAGAGAAGCUGCAGUUGCAGCUAAAAUUUGUUAAAAACAAUAAAAAUAAAAAAAAAUCUUUUUAUUUUUUUGUUCAUAUUGCUUUAAUAAAGAUCUUUAUUUUUGAAA